AUCAUAUUUUGUAUGAUUUUAUUAGAUACAUAUUAUUCGAUAAGUAUACAUAAAGUAUCAUUGACAAUUUUUUUCCAACAUAAUUUGUAUGUUUAACGUGAAUCGUAACUUAAAUACUGAAUUAAAGUCAUUUUGAGAUUUUAGUUUUAUCCCCUGUACAACUAAACAAAAUUAGUUUCACUUUUACAUUAUGAAUUUGCUUCCAAACCGUCACCUAACGCUGCUUGAAUCGAAAAAUAAGGAGACAUAGAUUACAAUUACUCAAUCAUUUAUAUUCACUGUGCAAAAGUAAGGUUUGUAGUACUUCACUUUAUUAGAAGAAUAUAUUUAAAAUACAGCUACCCUUAAAAUGAUUAUAUUAUACUAGUGAAUUUUUUCGUUGGGAACAGUAAGGACGUAAAGAAAUUUUAAGUUUAAACACUUGGCUACACUGAAAAAGUGUGGUCAAAGAACUUGACGGAACAUUGAAAUACAUACUACAUAGGUGUCAAUACGACGAACUGUCAAAACUUAGAAAAUGACAAUGUCUUAUAAAGAAGUUGCAAAUAAUUAAACAGAACAAUCGUUACUAAAUAAUGCCAUUAAUAAAAUUUAAAUUUCAUAAAAGAGAAUAAUUAUAUUUAAACCUUAUUCAUUAUUGUUUACAUAAAUUAUAAGUCUAUAUAGAUAACCUGAAAGCACAUUGCAAUUCGAAACAUUUAUUGAAUUUUUUUAUGUUAUUGUAUAUUACUCUUUAAUGAUAUUAUAUGCAGAGUAUUAUGAAGGUAUACAAUGGAGGUUACAGAGACGAAAAACCUUGUUAGAGAUUUGGAUUUAACUUUACAACCUCGUAUUAUACCGCGAUAUAAAACUUGGCUUCCUCUUGCUACACAACAGUUGAGGCUCAGAAACCUUGUACAAAUAAUAGGAUGUAAUUUAAAAGCAAACAUAUAUCACGAAGAUUGUUGGUUCUAUUAUACUUUACAUAGAACAAGUAUGUCGUCCCCUUUAUAUACGAGUGAAGCAAUUGAUAAUAUAAAUCCAAGAUGGUCAAGUCUGGAAGUACCAAAUAUACAUGCCACCGGUUACUCUACUGCCAGCGAGAUAAUUAUAAGACUAUGGAAACGAACAGUUGUGGUCGAUGUACCGACCGAUGUAACUGUAUUUACAUGGGGUGUGUCUUUUACUGGUUUGGCAUAUAUUGGUCCAAAAUUACCAAAUAAUUUAGAAACUAUUUUGAAGGCGAAUUCUUUAAUUUUUCAAUUUCAUGGAGGUUUUUUUACACCGACAUAUUGUUUCGUCGAGGCACCCGAAUUAAAACGAUAUCUACAUAUAAAAGUUAAUAAUUCUGAAAUAAGAGACAGUUAUACAGUGAGUAAACUUAGUAGUUUAAAAAAUAAAAUGCAGGCACUAAAACAACAGACAGAAUCAGUGAAAAUACUAAGAAUGCGUAUCGCUUCUGGAGAUAAUUUUAAUACUCCAAAGUACCCGCAGUCCUCGUUAAACAGAUUAUUUCAACCUCGUAAAGUAAAUAAAGAGAAGAAAGCUGAAAUAAUAAAAAUACGAAAGGAAUUAGAAAUGGCCAAAUUUAGGACAAAAUUAUUAGAACAAGAGAGAACAAGGAAAAUAGGAGAACUAAGGGUGUUAAACCAAUUGCAUUCUGAUAUUAUGGAAGAAAAUCAAGACUAUGGUCUAGAUUUGAUGGAAAAAUAUAGAGAAUUAAAUAGGGAUAUAGAAAGAUUACAUGAAUGGCGACAAAAUCAAAUAGAUACUAGAGAAACAUAUGUUCAGUUAAGCAGUCAACUAGCUUACAGAAGAAGACAAUUAAUUUCAGAACUAAGUUUAAUAUAUCCUAUUACCCAGGAUGGAAACGGAAAAUUUAAAAUACAUAAUAUACAUCUACCUGAUAGCGAAGAUUUAGAAUUGUCAAAUGAUACUGAAGUAGCCGUAGCAUUGGGAUUUGUUGCACAUACCACUCAAAUGAUUGCUAAUUUUCUUAAUAUACCCACUAGAUAUCCUAUUAUCCAUUAUGGAUCACGUAGUAAAGUUAUAGAUCAUAUCACAGAAAACCUACCUGACAAUGAAAGACAAUUUCCACUAUUUGCACGUAGUAAGGAUAAGUUACAGUUCCGUUAUGCUGUUUAUUUAUUAAAUAAAAAUAUAGCUCAGUUAAGGUGGUACUGUGGCCUUCCGACAACAGACUUAAGAGCAACUCUUCCAAACUUAGUUACCUUAAUAAACAUUAGGCCAAAUCAAUCACAUUUGGAUAAUUCGAAACGAACAUAUUCUACUUCAUCUCUGGAUAUUGAUAUUAGUAACGGAAAGCAAAACGUACCACUAACACCACCAAUACAAAAAAUAAUUUUUGAAAAAUGCCAUCGAUCUUCAAGGUCUAUGAGUCAAUUGAAGAGUAUAAAAUCUUCUCUUGGCUCGUCUUUAGAUCAAGGUUUAGAUAAGCCUGUACAGUCCCUUGUUUUAGGCAGCCAAUCAAAACGAAUUUGUAAGUCAGAAGAAAGUGCCAUAGACAAUAAAACAUUGGUACUAGCGAAAUAUAAGUCAAGUAACAGUAGUAAUGAAACUUUAAAUAAUGCUAUUUUAAAUAACAUAAGUGGUACAAAUGUUGAAGACAGCACUCGAGAAAAUAAUGAAAUUGCAAUAGAAAGUAAUAUAGAAAUUAUGAUACCUACAUCAGUUUGUAAGUCAACUAAUGCUGCGGAUAGUUUAGAAGGUUCUGUGAGCGUAAGAGAUAGAAGCUCGAAUUCUAUAAGUAGUUGUGAAAUGGCACUUAAUAGUAGUCAAAAUGGAGAUGAUAGUUCAAAUGAUAAUGUAAUUAAGAAAGAUGAAACUGAAGAAUUUAUUUCAGUUACUAAUGAAAUAUUGAAAAAUGUUAAUGAUGUUGUAGAUAAUGUUCUAAAAAAUAGAAGGCACAGCACAGAUUAUAAUUCUGAGAAGGCUUCGCAAGAUCGUGAUAAUCUUAGAAUGACAACUAGCGAAACAAGUUGCAAUAUUCACGAAAGUAUUGCGAUUGCUUCUCAAAGCUCAACACAUAAUAAAGAACAUUUUGCUAAGUCAUGUUUAUCUUUAGACAAUAUAAUGUCAUGCACUUAUAAUGAAAGUGAACUGAAACAAAGAACAAGUUCCAUUUGUAGUUAUCCAGAAGAAUAUUUUACAUCCAAAGAUACUAUAUUACAGAAGCAAUACAACUUAGAGUCGAAAAAGGGAGAAAUAGAUCCGUUACAUUCUAAACAUUGGUGUCAUAAUGAUGCAAAUAGGGAAUCAAUGUUGGAAACAGAAUUAAUACAAACAGCACAGAAAUGUGACUUUCAAGCGUCAAGUGAAUACAUAGAUAUCAUUAAACGUAGUUCCGAAAAUGUAUAUGCACGCACUGAAGCUUUAACCAACAAAAAAACCAGUUUUAAAGUUAUGAAACCUCGGCUGUAAUAUUUAUAUUCUAGAAUAUACUACGACGCUGUUGUUGCUUUAGUAAUUGAUGUCUAACUGCACCAGAUCCCAAGAAAGUUCAAUACACAAAUUCCAUAAAGUAUUAGAAUAUUUAUUGCGCCAUUAAAGGAAAAUCUAAAACAAAAUUUAUAUACUUUUCCUUACUUAUUAAAAUGAAAAUUAUUAAUACGUGUAUCUAAUAUGCAAACUGUAAAUUUUAUAGAAAUGAAAA